UCCAAAGCUUACAUCUGAAUCUCUCCAGCAAAGAAUGUCGACUUUAGAAGAGUUUUUGUGGUGUUUGAUCGUGUUUUGGAGGGCGUGGUGAGAAGCAGCGGCGAGGGGCAGCAGAAAGACCCGGAGAGAUGCAUGCAGCCAGGGAUAAAAUUAACACAGGAAGUGGGUGUCUCUCUGUUACUUUCAGCAGUUCAUGUUAAACAUGUAACCAGGAAAGAAACACUCAGAACUCAUCUGAACACACAUCGAGAUCUUCAGAAGAACUGAAUCUACUAACAACAGAGAAGAUCACUGAAGAAGAGAGAAGAAUGAAGAUCAUCUGGACUUUCACUCUGCUGAUGAUUCCUGGUGUGGUGAGCUCCAUCAGUGUGACGGGAUAUUCAGGAGGAGGAGUCAUCAUCACAUGCACAUAUGAUAGAAAAUAUACAGACAAUACAAAGUAUUUUUGUAGAGGACAGUGGAAAACAACAUGCUCUGACCUAAUCAAGACUGAUAUGAAAAAUGAGAACAAAUGGGUUGAUUCUGGAAGAUUCUCUCUGUUUGAUUACACAAGAGCAGCACUUUUCACUGUGACCUUCAGAAAUCUGAGUGAACAGGAUUCUGGGAUGUACUGGUGUGCAGCUGAUAUCUCUUGGGGUAAAGAUUCCUACACUGAAGUGAAGCUGAAGGUUGUAACAGCUGAACAAAUCAGUGCUGUGACGGGAUAUUCAGGAGGAAACAUCAUUAUAAACUACAAAUAUGAGAUGAAUCAUGAGAACCAUGAGAAAUACUUCUGUGAAGCUGGAGCAUAUCAAUGUUUUACUCGAAUAAACAUUGACAGAGCAGCAGAAUGGACACAUGUCGGCCAAUUCUCCGUUCAUGAUGACAGAUCUGCACGUCUCUUACGUGUGUUUAUCAGGGAGCUGAAUGAGAACGAUUCUGGAGAAUAUAAGAUUAUAGUCAAAGUUUCUGAAGACUACAGUUUCUUUUCUGAGUUUAAGCUGGACGUUAAGAAGGCUGAUUGUUGUGAGAAGAGCAUCAGUCUCUCAGCUGCUGCAGGAGGAUCUGUGAACAUCAGCUGCAGAUACCCACAAUCCCACAGUGCUGACGUGAAGUUUGUCUGCAGGAGAUCUGGAUCUGAUCUCUGUGCUGAAGAGACGUCUGUGAAGGAGAGCAGAAGAUGGAGCGCUGAGGGACAGAUGCAGCUGUAUGAUGACAGAGAGCAGCAGCUCCUGACGGGAAUCAUCAGUCAUGUCACUCAACAACAUUCAGCUGAAUACUGGUGUGGAGUUCAGUCUGAUCAAGGACACAAGAGCUUCAUCACACGAGUCCUCAUCAACUUUACAACAAAAUAA